AUGACGACAAACACCGGUAUUGCGUGGCCCGGAAGUUCCAACGGCAAGCUGUAUGCCGGAGUUGCCCUCGGUUCGCUCUUGGUCUGGCUACUGUCGACACUAGUCUACAACGUCUACUUCCACCCGCUGCGAAAGUAUCCUGGACCCCUGCUCCAGAGAGCUUCUGGGCUUCCAUGGGCUCUUCGACACAGCGCCGGCGUCCAGGCCUUUCACACGCAGAAACUCCACGAUGCGUACGGACCCGUCGUCCGUAUAGGCCCGAACCACCUGUCGUUCACGGAUCCGAAGGCUUGGAAGGAUAUAUAUGGCCAUCGCGUUGGCAGCGAAAGCCAGUCAACGGAGAUGCCCAAGGCCAAGGUCUUCCUCAACACCCUCAGGGCCUUCCCAUCAUCCAUCAUCAGCGCCGAGCGCGAGGAGCACUCGCGCCUCCGGCGCGCGCUCUCGCACGGAUUCUCAGACAGCUCUAUGAGGCAGCAGGAGCCCACCAUCGUCAAGUACGUCGACCUGCUGCUGGACCGGCUGCACCGGGAGUGCGGCAACGGCGCGCACGAGCUCAACAUGGAGGCCUGGUACAACUGGACGACGUUCGACGUCGUCGGCGACCUCGUCUUCGGCCAGUCGUUCGGCUGCCUUGAGCACACCAGCUACCACCCCUGGAUCCGGUUCAUCAUCGGCAUGGUGCGCACGGGCGCCGUCAUGAUCUCGCUGGGCUACGUCGGCCUGGGCGAGGUCGUGCAGCUGAUGUUCCGGUUUGGGAACCUGGCCGUUGAGAAGAUGCGUCGGUAUAUCGACGAUAUGCUGCGCUCGCGGCUGGAGAUGGGGAAGCCGCGCGAUGAUCUGUUCGAGGGGCUUGUCAAGAGACGUGAGGAUUGGAACUUGUCGUUUGACAAACUCACGGCCAAUGCCUUCGUGCUCGUCCUCGCCGGAUCCGAGACCACGGCAACGACCUGUGAGUACCACUUCAUCUCCCGAGACACGAGUCAGAACUGCCGGAAAUUCACCGCGUAUCCUCAAAGAGCACUUGCUAACCCGGAUGACGCAGUGUCCGGGGCGACGUAUCUGCUACUGUCUCAUCCAGAUAUCCACGAGAAGCUCAAGCAGGAAGUCCGCUCAACUUUCAGCAAUGCGGGCGAAAUCACCAUGAACACGGUCAACAGCCUCUCGUACAUGCUAUCGACUCUCAGCGAGUCGCUGCGGCUAUAUCCUCCCGUCACCUCCAACCUGGUCCGAGUAGUCCCCUCCGGAGGCGCGCUGAUCGCUGACAGUUUUGUCCCUGGUGGUACAUAUGUGGAAGUCCAGCACUGGUCCACGAACCACAGCAAAGACAACUGGGCAGACCCGUGGGCUUUCCGACCAGAGCGGUUCCUGGCCUCGACCGAAGAAGCGCGACUGGCCGGCGAUAAGCUGGAUGCUCUUCAGGCGUUUAGUAUUGGGCCUAGGAACUGUAUCGGACGCAACCUGGCCUAUGCCGAGAUGCGUCUCAUCCUCGCCCGCAUCGUGUAUGACUUUGAUCUCACGCUCGCCGACGACAGCAAGGACUGGAUCGAGAGGCAGAAGACGUAUGCCCUCUGGGACAGGAUCCCUCUUAAUGUCUACUUGACUCCGGCCCAAGGUGGUUCUAAGGCAUAG